AUGGCCACCCUCAAGCUUCUUAUUGUGACCGCGGGAAUCCUACGUGCAGCUCACUCAGCAGUGCUCCCUGGCUUCAAGACUGUCCUGGUCAACAACGUCAUCGUUCCCAAGACUAAGUCGGACUUCACGAAGAACAACGUACCUGCGAAAUGGGCAUCUGGCCAUCCCAAGGAAUGGGGAACCGAAGACUUUCAUUAUCGACUCAACGCACAAGAUCCAGAUGAUAACUUCGGCGCGGUAGUUACUGGUGACGAACGGUAUCUUGUCAUGUAUAAUGGGUCAUAUGUUGAAUUCGUUGACUUGGAAAAGAAUAUCACGGCGUCGGGUUUCGCCUUCCAGAUACCAGACAAACAGUACGCCACGGAUCUCACAGUACGUCCAGCCACCAAAGGAGGCUAUGAUGUCUUCACGGGCGUCGCGCCAUACAAAUACGAUACCACGAGGACAAUCAUACGCCAACGCGUAGGAUCGGAUGUGAAGCCGAUUGACCAGCCCAUCCUUUACCAAGGCUCCAUCGGUGAUAUCAGCAAUCAGGGCAAGCUGGCCUCCACCUCCGGAUAUAUAUACGACUUGGAGACUACCAGUAAUUCUCCUGUCGCCACUUUGGAGGGUCAGCCUGCUACGAGCGACCUGAGCUUCAGCCCUGAUGGCGUUCACCUAUCGUCGGUGGACUGGCAGGCACAAACUGCGGAUUUGUGGAACGCGACCUCUGGCGAGAAGAUCUUCUCGUUUCCCGCGACCAAUGCGCAAAAUUGGGUCACGCGCUUCUCGCCAGAUGGCAAAUACGUUGCAAUCACUCUUGGGAGCGGCAACAGGACUCUCCAGAUUUACGCUAUGAGCGAUCUUACUGCUGCUCCUAUCGAGAUCAAAGACUUCAACGACUGGCCAAGGCAGUUGGCCUGGAGUCCGAACAGCAAAGAGAUCGCUGCUGGCGACGAUGGCAGGCUCCGUAUCUUCAAUGUCCCCUCCAAAGAGGUCAUUCAGACGUGGCAGAUCGACACCAACGAGUUUUAUCCUCCUGCAGGAAUAAAGUGGCACAACGACGGUAACAAGAUCAGCUGGCAGUGGAAUAAUGGCAAGUAUCUCUACGACUUCGAAACGAACACUGAAUAUCUAUGGACCGUUAGUAUUACAGACCAUGUCUGGGGACCGGAGGGCUUCUACCUCGCUGGGAAGCAGGGUAUUGCGACUGUAGAUGGAGAUUCUACGCACGCUCUUUCAAUCUACUACCAGAUUGUCACCAUAACUUUGCUGCGUGACCCACAUCAGCACAAUAGGAAGUCAGACACACCUGCCGCUCUCGGGCUCACCAGCUUCUUUGUCAGCAUAUCUCACAUGGAAUCGCGCUUCCUAUAAAGCCCUAAUAUGCCUAAAUGGAACGCCUUCUGCAACGUUCAUUGGCUCAGUCGUAAAAGCCGCUCCUUUCCGUC